UCAGACCCACAGGCGACAGAGGGGCUCCUCCAGGGGGCUGCCGUGGGCCCCCAGGCCUCGGAUUGGGCCCCCCCAAAGCCAGAACCUGGUGUGGAGACACAGGAGUCGCCAAAGGAGGCUGACCAUGGAGCCUCUGUCCAGGCCCCCACCUCUGUGGCCCCACCUCUGGGCCCAGAGAUCAAAAUUCAGGCCCAGCGGCCGAUGGGCGCAGAGACUGGGGGGAUGGGGGUGCCCCAAGGCGACUUGGCCCCUGAGGCUCGAGGGCCGACCCAGGAGGGCUCAGAGCCCAGCCUCUGCGUGCAGCUGGAGGAGCAGGAGAGCCCAGGCCAUGGCCGGGACCUGCUCAUGGGACACACGGAGGCCACAGAGCAGGAACAGAGGAUGGAGGAGGUGGUCAGGGCUCCAGCCCAGCCAGAACCCCAGCAGAAGUCCGGAGAGGAGCCUGGGGCCCGGGAGAGGCUGAUCCCAGGGGAGGUCCUGGCCGAGGGGAGCCCAGAGCAGGAGGCCCUCAGGGAGGAGGUGGCGAGGCUGAGGAGAGAGGCUGAGGCCCUCGGAGCGGAGCUGGAGGCCCAGGCCCGGAGGUUGGAG